AUUUUAAAUUUAAAAAAUAAAUAAAGCUUCACAGUUUCUCCAAAAUUCUCUCCCUCUGGUUUUUCCGUUGCAGUCCCCGGGAGCUGUAGGGGAGCAGGCUGAACUGCUCGUGUUCUCCGUUGAUUCUGAAUCCUAGCCGUUGGUUUCCUUCUUCCCUCGGCCCGCCCCCUUUCUCUGUCUCUACCGUCCAUUUUGCAGACUAAAAGCUUUCCCCGCUGUUGCUUGCCUGACUUUCUUUUGCCGUCUAUGGAUGUUGAUAACCUGCUCUACUACCGUACAGUGAUAGGAUACACGCGAUUUUAUAGCCAAUUACGUUAUCCAUUUCAGUGGCGCAUGUACGAACAGUAUCAGGGAUCCAUAAAUGGAGUUUCUGAUCAAACCCUAAACCCGAAACCCUAACCCUAAUACCGGUCUCAGUUCAGGAUAUAGAGAAGAUGCUUCAUGCCUGAUGUCUGGCCUUUUUCUUCAGUAUUGACUAAAAGUUAGUGUUGGAUUUGGUUCUGGGGGAGAGGGAACUCGAGGAAAAGGGAGGUAAUGGAGGGUAAGGAGCUGAAUUUGAACAAGGAGUACAUGGGUGGAGAUGGAUUUAUUGAUAGGAGCAAAGUAAGGAUUUUGCUUUGCGAUAACGAUAACAAGAGUCUGGACGAGGUUUUCACGCUCCUCUUGAAAUGCUCGUAUCAGGUUACUUCGGUGAAGUCAGCUAGACAAGUCAUUGAUGUACUCAAUGCAGAGGGACCUGAUAUAGAUAUCAUACUUGCCGAGGUUGACCUUCCAAUGAAAAAAGGCAUGAAGAUGUUGAAGUACAUCAUGAGGGAUAAAGAGCUGCGUCGCAUUCCUGUGAUCAUGAUGUCGGCACAAGAUGAAGUCCCAAUUGUUGUUAAGUGCUUAAGGCUCGGAGCAGCAGACUAUCUUGUGAAGCCUUUACGCACCAACGAAUUAUUGAAUUUGUGGACACACAUGUGGAGAAGAAGGCGCAUGGUUUGUUUUAUAUGACUGAGCUGUUUUGAUGUUUUCUAAUCCUGUUUGCUGCCCUCUUACAAAAAUUUCAUGGCAUUAAUAUACUCAUUGUAAAGGACUUAUUAAAACAACCUUUAUCCUUCCUAGUUAUUUAUUUGCAGAAUAAAGUAGGUAUAUAGAUUUUAUUUGCAGGCUGUGUAACCAUCUUACUUAUUUUAUUUUAGGAGAUUUCUUUACAAAGUAGAAUUCUGAGGUAAAAUUUUGCUAGAGUAGCAAAUUCAUGUAGUGGCAAAAACUUGAGAAUUUGCAGUGUUUUCAAGUUCUUGUGUUGAUGAAUUUGCUAUUCUGAUUCCUCUCAUAAUCAAGUAAAAUCUGUAUACCAUUGAAAUAAGAACAAUUUUUUAUUUUUAUUGUGCCAAAGCUUUUGUAGUUAUAAGGUCAUUUAUGGAAAUCG